AUGGACGCUGACGACGAAACCCACCAUAACGAAAACGCCAUCUCAAUAUGUGCGUUCGCAGCAGAUAUCAUGUCCCACCUAGAUGAUGACAAUGCCUCAUCUUCAGCAUUCUUGACCUGGAUGCAAGAUGCAGAUACCCGCCAGACAUUGAAUACUACGAUGGAGAUGUUGUCAUUGUCUACGAACAGGUUUUCGUUUCGUUCGUUGAGAUUAUUGGAUAGCUCUGCUACGGCGUUGUGGAAUGUGUCUAUGAGGUUUCUGCAGCGGGUUGCGGUUGGUGGGAUUGGGGGAGCUAUUGUUCAGGUUCCCCUGCUUGUGUCUCGAAUGUUAGAGUGCUGCUGUGCUGAAAAUGUUGACUCGAGUUGGAAGUUGUUACAGGUUCUUAUCAGAAGUGCCGAGAUUUGUCUAGGUUCAAGCAUAACAGUAGAAGUCACCGAUCUUCUCCGACGUGCGGCUCUCAAGGUCAACUCCAUCGAUUUCAGUGAGCUGGCUGAUCCGGACCGUCAAGAUUAUAUUGCUCGGUAUCAUUUUCUAUGUGCUUGGAUGGCACUGAAGAAUGAAGACAUCAAGGAUUUUGACUUGCACUUCUCACUUCUACCUCGGGAUGUCACCAAGAUGAGUCUGGGCUCACGAGAACAGUAUGCUAGUAUAUGUCUGUCUGCGCUUCGUCUGGCAGUCAAGCAUGGCUAUAGAGAGUUAGCAGAAUUAUUGUUGCAGAAAUUGUCAGAAACGUUCAGCAUACUACGGCAGUGUCACCAAGAAGUUCUUGAGUAUAAGAAAUUAGUUUCGGGAUUUUUCUAUGGUCUCGCAACCUUGGAAGUGAAAGAUAUGUCGGAAGCAUUCAAUAGUCGAAGAAGCGAGCUUCUCCAGAGUACUGAAAAGGAUCUAGAAGGCCCAUUAGGUUUGUUUCUGCAACUCGAGGUAGCGUCUAGACAAGAAGCUUUCGACAAGGAUGUUUACCACCAAAUCUUGAUCAAGUACAUCAAGACCAUGGAGCCUACUAAGGACAAGUUUAAGAGAUGCUUGCAGUAUAUACUCAAACUCCGACCUCAAGAUCCUGAAAACACUAUGAUGACCUUGAGGUUACUUUACCAACGAAUAAAUGUGUUCGCCCAAGACGAGAAUUGGCUACAACAGAACUUUGUCUCUCUGUUACGCCUUGUUCCUUCGCCGCCAUGGAGACAUACUGAAUCGCUACACUUUCUGACUGAUCUUGCAACUACUUUGAAUAACAUACUCGAGGAGCCCCUGUGCACAGCGGCGAGUAAUGCAGCUUUAAUUUUCAUGUGGAAGUACAUCGAAUCUGCUUGCUCAAACAGUGAUUACCUUGAAGCUCAGGCGUGGUGUCACUUUUGUCAAAACAAGCUCUUUGAUCGAGCGAUUCCUAAGAACAAAGCCAAUGUUUUGAGAAAAACAAUGGACUGUUCGUUUCAGACUGGAGACUAUGCGGAAGUGAAAUCCGCCUGGGAGCUUCUUGACAAAGAAGAAAGGGACCCAACAACGAUACACAUCAUGUAUCAGGUGUUGCUCAGAGAUUCAGACAUUGAUAUGGCUGCGAGUCUCCUGGUAUCCCUUAUCGAGCUGGAAAACGGAGAGCAUCGUUAUGUUAUAGCUACGGUAGCUGCAGCAGUAACAGUGUCCUCUCAGCUUAGGCGAGCUGCCCUUGAGAGUGCCUAUACCCUCAUUAAAAAGCAUCCGGUUGUUUUGAAGAAGAAGCCGAUCAACCUUGACCUGCACCGGGCUUUUAUUAGGCUCAUAGUCUACGAAUUGCGGGAGGACGUCGGUGAUGUAGAAUAUUUGAGGGAGCAGAUGUGUGAGGUGUUGUCAUGGGUGAAAUGUGCAAUUAGCCAGGAACCUUCCGAUGCUAAUGACCAUGACUGGUUCGUUCGUUGCACGUAUGUGCUGCUUCUGGAAUCGAGGGAUUGGGCUGCGAGCCAUCAACUGCUGAUCCUGGACGUUUGUUUCAAACUCAUUGACAUGUACCCAAAAGAUGUCGGUAUCGACGUCAAACAUGAGAUGGAUCGCCGUCAAAUCUCCUGCAACCUUCUUGGAAUACUAAUCGACACCAACAUGGCGCGAGCAGCAAAAUCCACUGACAUCAAGACAACAUACUACCUCAUGGUAACACAUCGACACGCGGAUAUUCAGAGAAUCAUAGCAUCGUACUCAAAUAUAUCAGAUGUAACUAAAUACCUAGAUUUUACCAUCCUUGAGAGAUACCACGAGAUUCUAUGCUUCUACCUGGAAGCUGUUAUAUACCUCCAACAAUGGCCAGCCGUGGAAGCAUUUAUCAAAGCAGCAUCUUCGACUAACAGUGACUUCGCCCGCUCAAUAAUGGUAGAUAUGAUCUUGACAGCCGACAAGAUGCCUAUCGAGCACGUCAUUCGCAAUCUACAAGAGCUACUCAAUUCCCUUCAACACACAGACGCCAAACGUCUCAGCUUCAUCAGAUGCAUCUUCGAUAUAUGCCUCCACCAACGUAGAAAUGACAUACGCAUCUGCGAGACGAUACUCAAUCAAGCCCUCACCACUGCCCGAGACAUCGCAUCCGCCGAAAACAACCGUCGAGAAGAUGAACUGGAAUAUCUCAGCGCGAAAUCAUUCAACUACGCCGUCGAUCUCUACCUGAGCGACCAACAAGUCGACGCACAACGCUGGGCUCGCAAGGCUAUUGAAUUAUCGACGUUGAUGAGGAAUGAUUAUGGCCGGUUAGCGCUGGCACUACAGGUCAAGUACGAGAAAUGGCUUACGUACCGCCUCGAAAGUACAGACCCAUCAUCUUAG